CAAGCCACAGACGUCCCGUAACAGCGGCUGCCUGAGCGGAGAGGACCUGGGGGGGAGGUGCUGGCCCCAUUCGGGGCCCUUCUCCCAAGUCGGGAAUGCGCAGCUCCCGGCUCGACAGCUUCCUGGGGCAGUUCCGUCUGGAGCUGCUGUGCGGGCGGGAAGAGCCAGGCUCCCCACGGAUGCAGGGGCCCUCACAGCCAGCCUCCUCAGAGCCAAGCAGCGGCCCCAGGCCCUGCCACCCACCACGAGCCUCGGAUGCCUCAGAAGCAGACUCAGCCUGCUGCCUAGAGGAGGACGAUGAGGAGGGGGCUGCACUGUCCCCCUGCGAACGCACCUUGGACUGGGACUCGGGCUACUCGGAGGUGUCUGGGAGCACCUGGCGGGAUGAGGACCGGCCGGUGCUCCGGAGGGUGGGUCGCCUGCGGGGCCGGGCCAGCCCUCCACCUGGACGCCGGCCCCGCCCCAAAUCUACUUCGGACGUCUGCCUGGAGCAGUGGCGGGGCCUGGAUGCGGAGGACUGGACUGCGUCUUUACUGUCCCGCAGCCGGAGCCGCCAGCCCCUGGUGCUGGGGGAUAAUUGCUUUGCAGACUUGGUGGAGAACUGGAUGGAACUGCCCGAGGCGGGCGGCGAAGGGUGCCCGCCAGGGCCGCCUCGCUGGCUGGGAAAGCCCCACCACUUCUUGCUCAACCUCUCGGACCAGCUCAGGCGCCGGCUGGGUGGGGGCGGGGGCGGAGGCCGAGCUCGGGGCCCUUCGGGAGCUGGGGCAGCCCCCCAAGGAAGCAGCCAGGCAGCCAUGGCCGCCAAGCGCCUGUCCUGCCCCCCUGCACCUGGGUGUCCCCUCCCCUCGCCGGACCUUGCCUCAGACUUUACCCACUUCGCAGCGCUUAUGAGGAGCCGAAGCCGCCAGCCCAUCAUUUGCAAUGAUGUCAUUGGCUACAUCUGACACCUCUUCUCCCCACCCCCACCCCCAACCACGGACAAUAAAGGGUUUUCUAUUAGACCCCGAUUUCUACCUUCCUUGGCUGGGAGCAGAAGGGGUUGGGGAAGGAGCCCUCCCCCCAGGACUGCCCUUCGGGGUCUUCCACUGGCACCAGGCGUGCCCCACCCAGAGAAUCCCAGGAUUCGGAGAAGGACUGGACUUCAGCCUGGCUGCAGAAGCUAAGACCUGGAGGGCCCAGAGAUUUGCCCCCAGGCCUCUCGGAGAGAUUCAGGUCCUGGCUCUUUGUGUAGCCUGGUCUCCAGACAAUCCCAGCUGGCUUUGGGGCAUGGUCUCAGGCCACAGGGACAGGGUCAUGGCUGGAGUGGUAGGGAGUGAUAAGGGUGUUGGUUCCAUAAGGUAGUUUAUAAAGACCUUGGGCAGAUAGCUUCCCUUUAUGGGCCUCAGUUUCCUUCUCUGUAAAAUGGGAGGAUUGCACUGGUUGAUCUCUAAAGUCUUUUCCAGCACUCAAUCUCAUGAUUCAAUAAAGGAGCAGUGCCAGAGUGGUUA